AGCUUAUCAACAGGCUUCCACCACCACCACCAUAUGAACAGAGUCCGCGUAAGAAAACUACACUGAAUAUGAAUGCCAGCUUUUAAAAGUGGGGGAACUACAGUAUAGGGUACAGGAUAAACGAUGGGACAAAAGUGGAAUAGACAACAAAAGCUCUGGAAUGUUCCACAGCUUCCUUUCAUUCGAGUUCGAGUUCCUCACUCCAUCUAUGACACUUCCUUACUAAAGGCCCUCAACCAAGGGCAACAGCGCUACUUUUACAGCAUUAUGAGGAUUUACAACUCCAGGCCCCAGUGGGAGGCCCUGCAGACCCGCUACAUUCACAGCCUUCAGCACCAACAGCUGCUUGGCUAUAUUACUCAAUGGGAAGCCUUGUCUUAUGCUCUUGUGCUUAGAGAUUCAACCAAGAGAGCCUCAGCCAAGGUAGCUCCUCAAAGAACCAUUUCCCAGAAAACUUCAGCCAUGACAAGAAGAUGUCCAUCAAUACUACCUGUAUCUGUGGUUCUACCUAGGGCCCAAAGUAAAAAGGGCCAAACGCUCAGGAACUGAGACUUGGCAGCAUUUUCCGAGAUAGGAAGUUUGCCCAUGUAUCCCUGGUAUCUAGUGGGUGCUUAGUGCAUAUUUGUUGAAUGACAGUGAAUAAUUUCU